GAUCAGCAGGGGGGAUCAGAGUAAUUUGCAAAGGGCUCUUCACACGCCGCCCUGGCCAACCACAUGCCCAUCGAAUUUGUUUGUAAAAUCAAGUUUGCUGAGGGCGACGAAGCCAAGACAGACGGAGGCGGAGCCGGCAUGCUAGAUGAAGGCCUACGGCGGCGAAAAGGAGGCAUGGCUGACCUGUCGUCCUUUGCUAGCUCCUCUUCGCUACACGGUCUGGCUCGGGCAUUGGGGACGUCAGGACGCUUGGGCUUAAGACAGACACUCUGGGGACUGGCACUGUUGGUCUCACUCUGCCUCUUCCUGUACCAGGCGACAUGGAGCGCGGCAGCUUAUCUGGAGCAUCCCCACCUCGCAUCACUGAGGGAAGAAACCCACCGUGAGCUCACCUUCCCGGCCAUCACACUCUGUAACGUCAACCGAUUCCGCUUCUCUGCCCUCACAGAUGCGGAUAUCUACCACUUGACUAACCUCACCGGCCUGCCGCCCAAGAGCCGUAGAGGACACCGGCCAAGUGAGCUCCAGUACCCACCCCCAGACAUGCUAGACAUUUUCCAGCGCACUGGCCACCAGUUGGAAGACAUGCUGAAGAGCUGCAAUUUCAGUGGGCAGAACUGCUCAAGCGAAGACUUCAGUGUGGUUUAUACACGGUAUGGGAAAUGUUACACGUUUAAUGGAAACAAGACAUCACCCAAGCGGGUGAGGCAAGGCGGCACUGGAAACGGCCUGGAGCUGAUGCUGGAUAUUCAACAGGACGAGUAUCUGCCCAUCUGGAGAGAAACCAAUGAGACGACGCUGGAGGCAGGUAUUCGGGUUCAGAUUCAUAGUCAGAACGAACCCCCUUACAUCCACCAGCUGGGCUUUGGGGUCUCUCCAGGAUUCCAGACAUUUGUUUCCUGUCAGGAACAGAGGCUAACGUACCUGCCACAGCCGUGGGGGAACUGCCGGGCUUCAUCUGAGCCUGUGAUCCCAGGAUACGACACCUACAGCGUCAGUGCUUGCAGACUGCACUGUGAGAGCACGCAGGUGCAGAGAGAGUGCAACUGCAGGAUGGUGCAUAUGCCAGGUGAUGCUGUUAUCUGCACACCGAGUAAAUUCAAGUGUGUUGACAAGGCGUUAGCUUUACUCCAGAAGAGCACGGGUGACUCAUGUCCCUGUGAGACACCCUGUAAUUUGACUCGGUAUGGAAAAGAGCUCUCUAUGGUUAAAAUCCCCAGCAGGGGCUCCGCUCGCUACCUUUCUCGCAAAUACCGGAAAUCAGAGGAGUACAUUAGAGACAACUUUCUCAUCUUGGAUAUUUUCUUUGAGGCCCUUAACUAUGAGACAAUAGAACAGAAGAAAGCAUACGACAUUGCUGGUCUGUUAGGAGACAUUGGUGGACAAAUGGGGCUCUUCAUUGGAGCCAGUAUUCUUACUAUCCUGGAAAUACUUGACUAUUUAUAUGAGGUGGCCAAACACAAAAUCAAGCAACUCCUGAAACCAAAGAAGAGUCAGAAACAACAGAACCAACAGAACUUAAUUCAAGAGCAGAUCCAGAGAACAAAGAACCUGCGAGCUCAGCUGGCUGCCGGAACUAUAGCUACAGUCAGAUUUGAAGAAGUCAAAGUCAAGGCAGCUAAUGACCUGGCUCAACCGCACAGUGCACAUCCAACUUCAAUGUUACCAAAUCAUCACAACGCACAACCGGUCGUACAGCAGGACUUUGCUUUUUAAGGGACGCCUCUUCUUCUCCCUAUUUAUUUUUUCAUAUCACUGAACUUAAAAUUGGGAUCCUGAAUUGACCCUGAACUGAAUUAUACAUUUCUGGUUUUUUUUUUUUUUUCACUUAUAAAAGCUACAGCCAAAGCCUAAUCCGGGACCUCAUCAUGUGAAAUCGGCUCAAACCAGUCACACCGCUCACACUCUUUCAAAGCAUUAUCAGAUGAAGAAACCACAUGUGCUUUUGUUGAUUUGUGUUUUUUCCCCCUUCUGGAUGGACCUAUCAUGGGCCUAAAAGAAGAAAGAUUGUGAAAAUAUUGCAUUCACACAUAAAUAUCCUAUUUGACUGGACAAACAGGAACGUAAGGAAAGUUAUAAGGGAAACAGAGAGUUGAAGCAAACAUGCACCUUUUGCUAAGUGCAGAACAAGAUUUCUGCGUGGUUCUUCUUGCGGUAAUGUACAGUGCUUGUGCCAUUUCAUCUUUUCACAUUUCUUAAUAACAUAAUGAGACUUCUCAGUAGGAGAAAAGCUAAAAUACACCACUCAUUUUUCUGUGAGUAGGUGUUAUGCUCUUUUUCAGUCUUAUGUAACUUUUCCAUUGUGCUAGAAACAGUCUAGGUUUGAAACAUGGAAAACACCACUAGAACACACUGUUUGCUGAGAUCAUCUCUAGUAAAAAUAAAUAAAUAAAUACAUAACUGUAAACACUAUUAAAUAAUAUCCUUUGUAUGAAAA